UCCGGAAGCUCCACAACCCACCCAGGAAUUAAACCUGCCUCCUGGUUUAAUUGAUCAGUUGAUAUCAAGAGUGGCUGAUGAAGUAACCAAGAGGUUGUGUACACUGCACUACCAUUAUAUUUCAUAACAGCCAAAUAUAUAUAAAUAGCUGAGUUAACGAAAGAAAAGGAAAUGUAAAGUAGGCCAUUUGUUGUGCACAAAUUGAUAUGCCACUAAGGUUAACAGACAAUAUUUGAGUAGAACUAACGUGCAACUGUGGUUAAUGCGGGGAGUCUUUUCAAAUGCAAAUGUCAUUCACUUCUUUUUAAUGAUAUUCCCCCGUAUGAGCCUCCAUUGCAAGCUAGUUCCAGUCCAAUACCGUGAAUACGAAUAUUGUCCAUUCUCCUGUACUAACAUUGUUUUAUAUCGUGAAGCAACUUGCUACCAGCUUUAACUUCGUAGAUUAAUUGUUAAGGUGGCUCGCAACAAUUUCUAGCACUUUCCAAGACUUAGAUGUUGAUGGGUCAUUAUAACAACUCUUUAUCAGUUGUUGAUGCAAUCAUAGUACCAACCCGCCCCCGCUCCCCAUCAUUUGGGUACACUUUGUUGCCAUUUUCGAGACACAAUAGGUUACCAUAGCAACUGUAGGACCUGCUAAAAACACUCUUAAUUUUAGCUUGAAGUACUUGUAUUUCAAAAACGGUACGGGGAAACCCAUAUUUAACUUGGAAAAUCCAAGUUGUAGAUAUGGAUGGGAGAUUCACUCGCUCCUGUUGGACUUUUUGUGAAUCCGCUUACCAAUGUACAAGGCUUUCAUAGUCGUAGCGAAGUUCAAGUUAUAUUCGACCUGGAAGUGCAACGAUUUCCUCACAGACUGAUUAGUUUUAAUUUUUAUUAGCAAUGUUUCUUAUUUGUUCGUUGCGUUUCUGACGCAAGUAUUCAAUAUCUUACCUCAGAAACAAAUUACAUAGAAUAGAUUUUCGCACGAACGUCUCUAUGUAUAGAAGCUAAUUUAUAUAAAUAGCGCAUUUUCCGAAGACGUCCGCUUAAUCCAGGUUUGACUGUAUUCGACUGCCUAAAAGAAGGUAUUGAAAAUCACAGAAUUGAUGUGCUGUAUGAAUUUUCGAAUGUUUCAAGCCGUGAUUACACGAAUGAUUGGGCGGUUUUUUGAUACCACGAUUGUAAUAUGAAGGGUAUUUUAGCAGGUCAUACUCUUGCUACUGUAACCUGUUGUGUCGCGAAAAUGUGUCUUAACCAUUGAGUGAGUGUUUUUUUGAUACCAUGAUUGUAGCAUCAACUGAUAAAGAGUGGUUAUAGCGACCGGCAUCAAAAUCUAAGUCUUGGGAAGUGCUGGAAACUGUUUUGAGCCACCGUAACAUAAGGUAAGAAUAUUGUAUCAGUCUUAAGGCUACUUUCCUUUACGUUCUCCACGUUCGCUGCGAUCGCAACAGAAAAAGGUAAGCGAUCCUUACGAUGACUACUAUAUGAUCGCUAAGAUCGCUAUAAGAUUGCUGGAGAGUGGUUUCAAUAUUAUUACAACGGUCGCUGAACUUUUUUCUGCAGAGAUCUAUCGUAGCGAUCAUUUAGAAACCUAGUGCUCGAUACUUUGACUCCAAUACUCCUUAUGUGUUGUGGAGGUGUGGUGGCCUCAUGGUUAGUGUGUUGGCCUCCGGAUCGAGCGGUCAGGUUUCGAUCCCUGGCUGGUCUUCUUGGGCAAGACACUUAACUCUCGCAGUGCCUCUUUCAAGCCAGGUGGAUGAAUGGGUACCGGCGAAUUUAAUGCUGGGAGGUAACCUUGCGAUGGACUAGCAUCCCAUCCAGAGGGAGUAGAAAUACUCCUUUUCGGUUCUUGGCACUGAAACCAGAGAUAUGCACCGGCCUGAUAGGCCACCUGGCUCGUGUGUAGACUUUAUCUUACUCUCUAUGUGUUAACGCGUGAAAGAUAAUUAAGUAAGUGAAGGGCAUAACUUCCACUUCAAAUUCUUGUGUUACUAUGACAACCUCAUGCUACACGAUAUACAAACCGGAAAACCUUUUCAGUACAAAACAACUUCAAAGUUUGCCCGGCGCUAUUUGCGCGUAUGUAUUCGAUGUGCAUCUCACGACCAGACGUCUAGCACUAGUCAGGAUGACGGGUUCGGCUCAUGUCUGGGACUAUUCUAUCCUCCAUGGGCCUCACCGCUGGGCAAACACUUUUCCCGCCGCAGCCGGUAAAAAGCAGUCACCAAUUGAUAUCCAGGCUUCUUGCGUUCAACAUGACCCGACUCUGUCCCAGACCCCUCUCCACGCGCUUUACAUGAAAGACAGCACAUAUACCAUCACGAACAAUGGUCACUCGGUGGAGGUGUCUCAUUCGUCAGGAAAUGGUUAUCAACUGAGCGGUGGGCCGUUGCUUCACAAAUACCAGUUUAAACAAUUUCACUUCCACUGGGGUGCCAGCGAUAAACAAGGCUCCGAACAUCUGGUGAAUGGAAAAGCUUACCCAGCUGAGCUUCAUCUGGUUCACUGGAACGUUGAUUUGUACGAGAAUUUUGAGACCGCUCUGACGCAGGAGAAUGGUCUGGCCGUGAUUGGUGUCUUUCUUGAAAUCUGCGACGAUUGUGAAAAGUUGACGCCUAUUUGCGAUCUCCUACCACGCGUCCAGUACAAAGACGACAAGUACAAAAUGAAGUCUAGUUUUGAUCCGGGGUCUCUGAUCCCAAGCACCAAGGACUACUGGACCUACAGUGGCUCGUUGACUACGCCUCCUUGUUCUGAAAGCGUCACGUGGAUUGUGCUGAAAGAAACCAUUACAAUUUCAAGGAAACAAAUGGAGCUGUUUCGAGCCUUGCGUGGCUUUCCCUUCUGGCAGACGACUGGGCCGAAUAUUGUUGAUAAUUAUCGCAAGGUGAUGCCGCUGAACGGUCGAGUGAUACGUUCGACUUUCCCAGUGGAUUAAGAAGUACACUGGCUUAUUGAAACCUUUAUAUCAGACAAACCGUAAUGCAUUUCAAAAUCAGAUUAUUUUGCAGCUAGUUACUAACAAUUAGUAAGUCUCCAUGGGGUACGUUCCAUGUUCUGUUGUCAGCUUAACAGCUGUCGUUCAAAUGUUCUUAAUCAGAGGAAAUCAAGGCUCUUCGGGCUGACUUACGAAAUGAAGGAGAAGUUCUUAGUGAUAAACUUCCGGCUACAGUCAGGGGUCAAAACAAUCUUUGUCAAUAAUAUUUAUUUUAUUAUCCAUUGCCGAUAUUUAUAAGCAAGCUAUCUGUCUUUAGUAGGGAACUCUCAUUCUCCGUGACCCGUUUUUUUUUUUUGCCUUGAAAGUCAGUUCUUAAAAAAUAUCUUUCAUUAAUUUUACUGAGGAACAAUCUUGGAGUGUACAGCGUCCAUGUUUGUAUUUUAUAACAGGAAAUAUUUCUCUAAGAAAGGAAUUCAUUUCCCAAAGAAGAAGUCCAUUGUUGAGAACACAAACAUGACAUCCGUGACGUCAUGUGAGAACACUCUAUGCAAAGACUUUCCGUUUUGUUUUAUUCAAUCACAACUAACACUGGUACUCCGAAGUUUCCAAAUCAGCUUGCUUCAUACUUAUAGAUUUCAAACACAGGAGUAAAUUGUUCCUCAAAAUGUAUAAUCAAUUAUGAGGGAUCCAAGCUUCUCCCAACCCACUCAUCAAUGCCAUUCCUGUAAUAUUUACCUUUAUUAAAGUGAAUACCUACUAUAUAUUGUAAAGUUAAUUUUAAAAACAAAUUUACUUGAAAAACAAUAUAAAAUUAAAUGCCGACUGUUUUACAGCAGCAGUUGAUGUUAUCGAAUGUAUUUAUCGCUGACGUGAACAGGACAUAGUAAUUUGGUAUAGGAUUGUCUCAGGCAAUUUUAAAUAUCUGCAAAGGUUACUUAUUUUCAUAGUGUAUGCUCACUGCUUAUGUUGUAUACAGCUAACAGUACAUUAAAUAAAUUAAAGACGUAAUUGUA